UUAUACUCCGCGUCUAUCUUGCUCUGAAUGCCCAGGAGGAGAUCGCCAAACUGGCGUGAUUUAUCACACUCAACCAGGAGGGCACACAAGGGAAGUGCGAGGGAUGGAUCUUGGCCGUCUCAACUAGAAGUUCCAUCCAGAAAGGCAGAGCAAGGCCGGGCGGCUGCUGAUGAUAUGACUACCAUUACCUUCUACGUCUACGAAUGGAAUGAGUGGAAAGUGGAUAGGGUAAUAGCUGUUGAUCCCUUUGACUGUUCCUUGGUUGAGAUGGCGGUAUGGAAGUACAAACGGCGGGAUAUGUUUGUGUACAACAUGAAGAUGAAAACAGUCGAUGUGGCAUCCAGCUUCCGAGAGGCGACAGCUGGUGGGAACAAUGUGUUGCUGCUAGUUCAGUUCCCCGACAGACCAGAGAGAAUAUUGACUUAGUUAGGAUGGAUGAUGAGGCCACCUGAGCCAUCUAAAUGAAGGAAGAGAUGACUGAACAGUCUCAUUAUUGCAAUGGGCUUGGGAAAAUAUUCAUGGCAGCCCUAUAGGCUUAUAUUUCUCGAAGAGCUGUGAGUGUACUCCGUAGAUUCAUUAGAUAUUUCCCCAUAGCACUUUCACCAAGAUCUUUCUAUGAUAGAAAUCCCGCCAAUUGGAAGGCGCCAAUCCAACCCAUUCCCUUUUCAGCCUAGUGGCUGCGCAAGGGCUCAAUUAUUCAACUCCUGAAAACCCGAAAUCAUUAACAUUUCUACCUCUUCU